AAUCCGUUUGUACUAGUUGGGUCGUCGUGUUUACAGUAAACAAUUAGACAAUUUGGAUAUGUCAAUGUUGUUUAGCUGUCUGUAAGUAGUAUGUAUUCAUUUCUUCGGCGACGAAAUGAUGAAACGUGCCCGAAAAUAUAAAUUCCAGCCCAUCGUAAUCAUCGCGUAAGAAUAAUUUCCUCGUUGCCGUUCAUUAGCAAAACCGCAGAAGUGAGUGGUGGGAGCAGCUUAUCAUCUCUGGUACACACAUGUGAUUUAUCAGCUUUUGAAAUAUACCGGAUUUUCAUUUUUAUUCGCGAGUACUCGUUGCAACAUGCGAACCGUCGAAGCGGUCGUCGUGCUCGUGACCACUUGCUGCAUUGUUUUGGGCGCCUCGACGUCCCACAACGAAAAUCUUGACCUGGGAACCAUCAUCUUCGCAAACGUUCUCUUCAGACAUGGGGACCGGACACCCGUCGAGCCGUACCCCACGGAUCCUUGGGGCAACGAAUCCUUUUGGCCUGUGCCCUUUGGUCAACUGACCAAUAUUGGAAAAAGUCAGCAUCUUCAGCUUGGUCGUUGGUUUAGAAAGCGUUAUUCACACUUACUACCAGAACAUUAUACUCCCUAUGAUGUACAUGUACAAAGUACGGACGUCGACAGGACGCUGAUGUCGGCAGAGGCUAAUUUGGCUGGUCUUUAUCCACCUGAAGGAGACCAAGUAUGGGACAAACUUAAGUGGAUGCCUAUACCUGUCCAUACUAUACCUGAACUUGAGGACAGCCUGCUGGCGAGUAAGAAAUACUGCCCAAAGUAUGAAAAAGAGUUGGAAAAUGUUAUCAACUCCCCUGAGGUCAGGAAAAUCAAUGAUGAUAACAAAGGGCUGUACGAUUAUUUGAGCAAAAAAGCUGGUACUUCGGUUCAAUCUGUCACUGAUGUUAAUGACAUAUUUAAUACAUUAUUUAUCGAGGUUCUGUAUAACCGAACCUUGCCAGAGUGGACGAAAUCUGUAUAUCCAGAUAAAUUAAGACCUCUAGCGGAUUUUAGUUUUACCGUAGAAGCUCAUAAUAAAAUACUCCAAAGAUUGAAGUCAGGUCGAUUAUUAGGUGAAAUGGUAGAUCACCUAGUAAGCAAAUCAAAAAAUACACUAUUCCCAAAUAGAAAAAUAUGGAUAUACAGCGCCCAUGAUACCACAGUGGCAAACUUUUUGAUGACAUUAGGUUUAUUUGAGCCACACUGUCCUCCAUAUACAGCGACUGUCCUCGUGGAAUUAAGAGUGAACUCACUGAAAGAGUAUAUUGUAACGAUUUCGUACAAAAAUACGUCUGCUGAACCGAGGAUAUUAACCUUGCCAGGCUGCGAGGUCGCGUGUCCAUUAGGGAAAUUUGUAGAUCUAACGAAAGAUAUGAUACCAAAAGAUUGGGCAAAGGAAUGCCUUCUAGGCUGGGAACAGUACACGCACAAUAUUACCAUGCCAUCUAUAUUUGGAAUUUCAAUAUCGUUGCUGGUUGUCGUCGUAUUACUAGGUUUAUUAAUCAUCGGCUUUGUCUACUGGCAUAAUAACUGUGAUAGUAACCGUUAUUACCUAAAGUUGACAACAGAUCCUAUUUAAUUUAUUAAUAAAAUGUGAAUUAUGAUUACUAGGGAUACUAAUGCAGACGUUGAAAUACUUUAGUAUUAU